AUGGCCAAAUACGAUAUCCAGACGUUGAUGCGCAUGAAACAAAACGCUCACAUAGACCCCAGCCGAUUCAGUGACCAGGCACGAGGAAACAAUCUACUGCGAGAGCACGAUGCCGGUGUCUUAUCUGAACAGUCUAUCAACAAACCAAGGGUCAUCUCGAAUACCUCGAGGAGAAGCGAGGGGGUCGCCUCAAGCAUUGGCUCUCGCUCCUAUGGUCCUCCUCGUCGGGCUAACAAGUCCUCUCAGAGAGAUCUUGAGCACGCCGACGCUGGCUUUGUGCGGUUCCUGAAGACGCACACUUCCCCCAGGCAUCAGCGUGUUACUGCCGGUGGACGCAUCGUCCCGAUGGCAUCGGAGGUGCCGCCUCCGAAGAUGAACCUCCCAGCUGUGGAACAGGGUGCAAAGUUGGGUGGUUCGAGGUCUUGGAGGGCUCCUGCUAAGCGUGGCGGUAAAAAUAGACCGGAGCUCAAACCAACACAGUCCAUGGGGGCGGAGCCUACUGAUAGUGGGAGUUCCCCGGAACCUCGUCCUGCUGGAACCAUGUCAGAGCAGAACAGAGUGUCCUUCGUGGAUGGAGAUCAUGAUCGACAGGGCUCGACUUAUGGUUUUGCUCCAAGCAUCUCGUCCGCAUUUAGCCCAGGAGCAGUGUGGCAGCCCAGUCUUCCUUCGCCGUUGGUCAAUGUGCCGGUUGAGCAGCUUUAUGCACCGUCCCAGAUGCCUACGCUCCCGAUUUACCCCAUGUACACUGUUGAUCCGGGAAAAAUCGCUUGGGUGCCGACUGUGUAUCAGACUGGCAAUGCACAGGGGUUUCCGGUGGGCUCUCUACCGAGGCCUCCCCAGCAUGGCUCCCCCAUAUCCAUGCUUCCGGAUAACCAAGCAUGGAACAAUGUCAAUAGUGUGCCGCCCCCGGGUUUUAGCCAAUGUGUGCCAGGUUACGACUCACCGUAUCCCACUAUCAACCCUCAAUGGCAGCAGCUUGCUCAUGAUCCGACAUUGUCACAGAGCCAUCUGCCUCAUAUUCCAGGACCUCCGCCAAGCCAUAACUCCUUGGACCACGCCGACAAGGCGUAUGACAAUCUCUCUGCCGAGCUCUCUCGCAUUGAUAGGUAUAUGGCUUUGCAUACUUGGGACAUCUCAUCCGACAAGAAGGCGUCAAUGGUUGAGCAACGGAGGAAGCUGGUCCGUGAGCUGGAUGCAGUGCGAAUGUAUAAAGAACAUUUGGAGUUGAUUGCGGGGAAAUCAGCCUCGAAGGACUUGGGCAUGCAACAAAAUGCGGCAGCCGGCCUCUCCACUCCGGAACUCCAUACACCGAUGCAUUCUGACGGUCAUCAGCGUGCCCCGGGGUCAAUGCUAUCCGGGCCUGCUUCCCUUGACACGAGUCGGCCAUCACUUAGGCCAUCACUUGCAAACCAGUUCCCGUCGCUCGGCCCAGCGAGUGGACGUCACGGGAAGUUGUCCGCGUCUAAGUCUGUGCGGUCUCCCUAUAUUUACCGUCACGGCGCUGGGCCGGAAGACACUCCUAGCCGGCUAGCUCUUCGGAAGUUUGAAUCUUCAUCUGGUGGUCUAGAUGAUGGAGAAACCUCGGGUACUCUCGCUCGAGCGGGUCACUCUCACAACCCUAAGGUAACCACAGGGACAACGGGAGACGGCGAUCGAUGGGUUGUUUCUACAAACCCGCUGGAAAGAAAGCUUCGACGACUCUACCAUAAGAUUCAAAUGGCAACUCGGCGUGGGGAGCCGAGCAAAGAGCUGCUCAAACAGCUCUCGGAUGUUACUGGACAGCUUCUGAAAGAGGGGAGUGAGGAGAGCAACCCUGAAUCUCAAAAAUCAGCGUCCGAUCAACAACUCGUGACUCGUUUCGGUACACAGUCGGAUGUGACCCCGGGAAAAAGCGACCCUAUCGAGUCGUCGUCCCCCGUGGAGCAUAGCCCGAAAAAGCCUUGGAAAUCUGAAGCCCAUACUCGGGAUCUUGGGGUAGGCGCUCAGCAGCCGACUCCCUUUUGGGUCGAUACAAGUGAUUCCAAGACUUUAUCUUCUGGGUCAACGACUGAUUCUUGGGCCUCUGUUGGGGAGUCUGAUAAACACUUGUUUACGGGGUCAAGUUGUAAGAAGGGAAACGACAAAGGUUCGCAAGAUUUGUACAAAAGCUGCUCCAGCUCGUCUGCAGAGAAAAGAAUAGCAAGUGUUGGCCCUACUCGGGGUGGAAUAUCCAACCUCGACGGCGAAGCCAGCACGUCGAAUCCGAAACGAAAUCAUCCGCCAUUGCUAACCCAGUGUCUUAGCCGCCAUCGUGGCUCGAUCUUGCAAAAAACAGCGGCUGUGACGGCUCCACAGAGCAUCAAUGCCCAUGCAAUGAUGCCUCAGACGGAUGGCCCUGCAGAUAGUCCUCUCGACCGUGGUGAAAUCGCUCCACGGGAUGCUAACAACCGCACGGGUACCGUCUUGAAUGCGGAUGCGCGAGGCGGAUACUUGCCCAGGGUUGGUGUCAGUCCCAGUCUGCUGGACAUUCAGGAACUAUUCCAUCGGAUUUCUCGGGACGGCAGGGAGCAAGUGACUGGUGUGGUUGCGUCGGCUCAAGAACCUCUUGAGGCUUUUAUAGCCGGUGCGGUCAGAUCGACUUUUCUUUGA